AUGUCAGGAUUUGGAGCUGGAACACUGGCCACAGCUCAGGUGGAUGAGCAGAGAGCCUUCAUCGCUGAAGCAAAACGUAUAAAUCGGUUGGACAUCAAGGUCCCAAAGUUCAGCAACGGGCCGACCCAGGAUGUCAAGGCCUUCGUGGAUACUAUCUCAUGGAAGCAUACCAUCUCUCGGUCGGAUUAUGAGAAGAUGUCCCCAGACCUCAAUGGGGAGCUAGAUGAAUGCCUUGUGCUUUAUCUGUUCUCCAAAUUGGAGGGUGAGCCUGCACGUUGGUGGACAAAUCUUGCGGAAGAUCAGAAGGCGAAUUAUAAGAGAGUCACGACGCUCCUCAUUGCGCGAUACGGAAGGGAUGAGGUCCGUCAGCGCCGUUCCCUGCGCCAACGCGUUGCAGCUGAGCUGAACAAUUUGCACCAACGUGGGAGGAGUAUUGCUGAGUAUGUCGCGGAGGCGAAGGACAUACACACGAGAAUUGGGGCCGAUCAAGAGCAGACCUUGUCAGAUAACUUUGUUAACAAUAUGACCGAUCCCGGCUUCGCCAACAUCCUCAGAGCUCUCACGUCGAGGGAAGAUUUGUCGUUUCUGCAGAUUCUUGACACUGUCAUCGAGAUGCAAGGACCGACAUACGUUGAAAAAAAGCCGGCUCACGAAGAAACUCUCGAAGAGUCAAAGAAUGCAAACCGCCUCAUGAGAACAAUGGCGAACGUGAUGGAGAGAUCCCAAGGCCAACGUUCCCGAGGAAAUCAAGCACCCUACAGUGCUCAGAGGCAGAUUGUGGAAUACAGGCCGCAACAAGUGCCCCUUGAAUACCAAGGCCCUCUGCCGCAAUUUCAAGUGCAGCAUUUUGAACAGCAGCAGCAGCAGAGGAUCACCAGUCAACCGAAUAUCCGCCAAACUGAGUCAUAUGCUGCCCCUCCUCCACAGUAUCAGCAAUUACACCAACUUCAGCAACAGCAACAAAGUGGAGCCCGGAAGCAAUGGGGAGGAUCUGCGAACCAAGGUCAGAGUCGCUCUGCUGAACCUAAUGGGGGAGGGUAUCGACCCGGAGGUGGGAAAAUCCACGCGCAAUGCUUCAAAUGCGCAGAAUUCGGUCAUUACGCUCCGAAUUGUACAAACAUGCCAGCGUCAGAAGAAGUGCAGCAAGCUGCAAGGGAUUUCGCGAAUCAGAAGAGAACUGCAGCCAUCCAGAGGGCCUCAAGCAAUUCCAUGAAUGCUGGACCGCAAGGCCGCAUGGAUGCACCGAACAAAUUUGGCCAAGGGCAAGGGAGGAUCACGGAAGUUUCAGCAGUUCAAGGUGCAAAGACGUGGGCAAUCCAUGAUGCCCAAAUGGCCGCAGCAACCAAUGGAAUGCUGGGCCAGGGGCAAAGACAUCAGGAUACUGUGGGAAUGUAUGAUCAGGAGUCUGACUUCUCACGGGUCAGUAAUACUACGUUCAGUGGAAGUGUCUCUGUUUUCCAGGAACCCUACGUCUCAAAUGCUACGGCUGAUGUUCGGCCGCCCAUGGAGACCUACGCUGCGGAGAAGAGAAAAGCACCCCUUGCUCCCCAAGAUGCUCGGCACGGGCAUGGGACGGUACGGCCGGGAGAUGCUUCUGUCCCAGUACCUGGAGUUCAACGCAAGCCGCCGCGCGCAAAAAAGAGCACGGGUAUCGAGGCACUCGUAAGCGGUCGCCCAAUUCGCGCUAUCGGUGAUGCUGUCCCGUAUAAUAUAUGGGAUGACCUGCACGCGAGGAAAUCUCAGCCCGAUAUAUCCUUUCCCCAACUGAUCAACGUGUCCCCGACUGUCCGCGCGCAGAUUGCGUUCGGUACCACUAUGCAGCCGCGUGAAAUUAGUGAACGCCAGGAAGAGGCGGAAUCCCAGACUAUGAGACACCCUCCUCCACCUGCUGUCGAGGAAGAAGUGGAUGAAUUGGUCAGGCCUGUCGCGAAGGCUAGGAGACGAAUUCAAGGAGGCAUCCUCCAGAGUCAAGCAGUGGAAACCCAAUGCAAGUUGAGACUCGUCUCGCAAUUCCAGGGAGCGACCCCACCACCCUGCUUCUACACCAUCUGUUCAAUCAGGUCUGUCCUCAACCAGGACGAGUUUGAGGUGAAUCAGGUCCUCGUCGAUGGCGGAUCUUCAAUCGAGCUCAUUAGUGCAAAGGUUUCCAAGCAACUCGAUUGCGUCUGGCACUCUGAUUCAUCAGGGUGGAAAAUGCGCACUGCCGACGGUUCAAUUCACCCACUUGAUGAGUAUGUCCUCCUACCCAUUCGAGUUGCCGGAGUAGAGUGGGUGAUGAAAUGUUUUGUCAUUUACGGAACUACAUCUUAUAAUAUUCUCUUGGGUCGUGGGUGGUUGAAUCAAGUGAAGGCAGUUGGAGAUUAUGGAAGCAACGACUAUUUCAUUUUCAGUUCAGACGGCAAACCGCGAAAGGUUCCAAAAUCUGGGGAUGCUCAACCGCAAGUCUCCUUGAAGGCUCACUUUGAUCGAGAUCCAGAAUGUCAAAAGCGUCCUUUGAAUUCACCUGGGUUAGGAUUUCCCCAGCCACUGAACACCUUGCCAGUAAAACUCCCAGAGUGGGACGAAGAGUCGGAUGAAAUGGUUGAUGAGAGACUUUCGGAACUUGCUGAGCAACUGGCCACUUCAGCUCUCCUCCAAGCCACUGACCCAGAUUACGAGUCCGAGGAUCCUCACAUGGAACUGCUACUCCAGCAAUAUCAUGAAGCGGGAAAAGAGCAGGGCCGCAGGAUGCCAGAAUAA